CAUGUCAAAAAUUGUAAAAUUCCAUUAGGUAUGGAGAUUUAGGUUUUAUUGUUGUUGUAAACAAACCUAAUGUUUGAUAGCCAAAGAAACUACGGCAUAAUUGCAAAAUCCUUUUGAUAAUUUCAUCAUAAAUAAUUAAAUUCUCAUUCCACACGUCGUUGAAAGACAUUAUGUUGUGACAUCAAAACGUUACAAACUUAUAGGAUUUUCACCAAAACAAUGUCUUCGGAGAACGUUUUGGAAGUUGAGGAAUUAGAAAAUGUCCCGCUGGUUCGCAUGGCAGACGUGCAACCGGACAGGAGUGGAGAGUAUACUGUUGGAAACAUGAAAAAUGAGGGUAGACCGAGUGAAGUUCUUGAAACUUGUAUAGUAGAUGGAGAAGAGUAUGAAGCUUGUCUGGUUGAUGAUGACGACUCCAAUAUCGGCAGCAUGGUGUCCAUACAGUCGGAGGACGUGGUCUGUGACGAGGAACCAGAGUUAAUUGUUCCUGAAGUGUUGGGUUCAAUGGAUAGAUCCUUUAAAGUGUAUUCGCGGCCUCUACUGCAAGUGCCACAGAUAACAAAACCACAACCACCGGACAGUUGGCCGACUCUUGAAAUUUUGCCUGGCGGUGUUAUUAACCUGGCUGAUAAGACAGACCCCAUUACGUUAGAGCCUCUAAUAGCGGACUCAGAUACAGAAGCUGCAGAUACAGAGAAUAUGAUGUAUGCAUGUGCAAAGUGCUCGCAGAGUUUCAAAUACUUGUUCUGUCUUGUGAAGCAUGUCCGUUGGCACGAAGAUGAGAAACAGCGAGAGAAAAUGCAAGAUUUAGCUAAAUUAACUCCCAUAGAACAGAAGAUGGCAGAUCUUGAAAGAAGGGGCACAGAGCUGGAUAAGAGAUACAGAAACAAUAAAGAGGUAAUAGGUGUCAAUUCAGAGUUGUCUAACAAAAUACGAGUAAAAGAGAAGAACGCCAGCCAGCACACAGGAAAAAGAAAAACAAUUUGCAAACCAAAGUUGAGAAGAGUACCAAAGAAGUCAUAGUUAAGUGAUACAUAGAGAGUUUCAAGAGGAGUCUAAUUUGGGGAAACCUGCAUGAAAUGGUGGCUUUAAGUAUUUUUUUUUAAUUUAAACAUACCUGGCAUGGAGUGGGUGUAUGUACAGUCAUGAGCAAUAUGAUCUAAGCACUUUAGAACCCUGUCACACUGUCAUAUUUGACAUUUAAUGAGACUUACGGUUUAAUAUGUCAAAAAGUUUAAUGUGACAUGGUUUCAAAAUGUAUACAUAUUAGUACUCGUGACCGUACUAUACACUUUGGCCUACCCCUUUAGGGAUACUGGCGUGAUGCUGUUUUGUUUUUCUUGUUUUCCUUAUUGUUAAUAUUGAGGAAUGGUACUGAGAGCAUUCCGUCGCGGGAGUUAGCAUGAAACCGCGUCGCUUUCAUAGUACAUAAAAAAGAUAGGCUCUUAUUAAAAAAUAAACAAUAAUACUGCAUAUAUAAUAGAACGGUAAUUCUCGGCCCCGCCCCAAAUUGUACCGGGCGCCGACCUACAUUUACCUCACCCCCUCUGGGACUUUAACACGUUGACAGUCCAGUGACCCAUAUACGGGUCAUGAUGGACUAGCUACAUACGUCCGUGACCCAUACAUGGGUCACUAAGAAACGGCCGGGUAUUGUGAAGUGUUAAGAAUACAUUUAUUAUUAUUUACGUUUUUGACUGGAUGUAUAAAAAUUGUAGUAAUAUACUGGACUUACAAGGAAGUCCAAACAUUUUGUAUGGGGACUGUCAACGUUUUAAAUGUCUGUAAACCGCCGGCCGUAUUUUGCAGUAUUUUUUUGCCUUAAGUUCUUGAAAUGCAGGAUUUCCCGUAGUAUUUUUAAUUUCAAUAUAUACAGGGUGUUAGUGACAUCGUAACGAAUGCUGAAGGGGAUGAUUGAGACCAUGAU